AUGGCGGAGCUGCACAGUUUCCAUAUAUUCUUCCGACAGCGCUGCAUACACCGCUAUCUCUGCAGUGACGCGGUAGUCACUGCGGUGAAGCGGUGUAUGAUGCUGGACAAUGGACGCGACAAGCCGUCACCAAGGAAUGACGGGGAAAGAUCGCCAACGGAGAGUGCAGAAGUAGCGGACGAGCUUGCUGAGUACAACCCACACUACGAGAAGCUUCUUGUCGGUUUUAUGGCAGGGCUGAGCUCCUUCUGCAAGACCAUCCACGUGACGAACGAGCUGGAGCGGCCUAACGGACUUUCCGUAUCCUAUUUUAACGUCUGCGCCACGUCUACAUUCAAGAUCCACUACUUCGAAACUAUCACUGGGUACAAGCUUGUCUGCAUCACAUCACCCGAGGUGGCUAACCUGGAGUUGACGAUGAGCGCCAUAUACACUGACCUACUCGUCAAUAUGGUGCUAUCAAACCCACUGUACACCAUCGGAGGCAUGAUAAAUUGCCCUGAGUUUGAAGAUGUAGUGGCGAAGACGCUGCGCGCCAACCUGUGA